AUGGGUUCUCGAAGACCUGAAACUGCAAUGCCCGAAUCGGAUGAGCCGACUUAUGCAUGUAAAGUUUGCGGAAGGCAAUUCGUUCGAUCGAGUCUGGACAAACACGAACCAGUAUGCAAAAAACUGACGAAUAUGAAUCGCAAGAUUUUCGACUCGGGAAAGCAACGAGCAACGGGAAGUGAUAUCAACAUUGGAGAUGUGAGAAGAGCACAAAAAGAGAGGGAACAAAACGGUGGUCAAUUCAAUCGCCCAAAAACCCAGUGGCGACAACGGCACACCGAUUUCAUUGAGGCGAUUUCAGCAAGCAAAAAGGUUGAUUAUGCGUUGAAGACUGGUGCUCCACUGCCUCCACCUCCAAAAACGAGUGUACCAUCGGAUUAUGUCCAAUGCGAGUACUGUGGUCGAAAUUUUAAUGAGAGAGCCGCCGAGAGACACGUCCCUUUCUGCCGGGAGCAACACGCGAAAAAGCCAAUGACGAAGACAAUGAUCAAACCCCUAUCCGCACAUCGUCCCUUACCCACUGCUGAUCAGGCUAAAACACGAGACGGACGACGAGAUACGAGAACAAGAAGUGAUUCGAGAACUAGGGAUGAACCAAGACGAAAAAGCAUUGAUUCAAGACCACCGAAGACAUCGAGCAAUCGGCCGGUUGCUGGCUCAGCCGGUGUAAGGGAGAUUCCACCAGUGACACCGAAUCGAAGAAGCAACUCAGCACCGCGAACACCAGCACAACCAUCUCGCUUGAAAGCACCGCCUGGUGGAAGAAAAUCAAACCACAAAUAUUCCCCGCCACGAACAUCGAGAGAACGACCACCGAAAACACCGAAAACAUCGAAUGGAUUGAUGAGAGAAGCCCCAAAAACUCGAGAAGGUUGGGAGACACGAGACGGCAAAACUAGAGACCGAAGUCGAACCAGAGAUGGUCUAAAGACAAGAGAUGGACAAUAUUUAUUCCCAAACAACUGUCCUUACUUGGACAAUGAA